CACCAAUCAUCGCCCUCGCUAGGGCGCAGUCAACCCACGUCUCCAAGGCAACGUUCUGCACAAAAAGAGGCACGUCCUCCAUCGCCCACCGGGACGGCAGGCAGAUGCACGUGUGGCAGGAGAGGCCAGGAGGCUGCCCUCGUGGGCACACUGGUAGCUGCUGUGGAGAGACUUCAUCAAGGUGCGUGGCUCAGGGAGGCGGAAUGAAGACAACUUCCCGGCUGCAGGUGUCGGGGAAGGCACCCCUUGGUGGGAUUGGCCUCCGCCACAGUGCGAAGCGGGACCGAAAGUCCAUCACCCUGCAUAUGAAGUUAGAGGUGCUUCGGAGGUUUGAGGAAGGCGAGAAGCUGACGCAGAUUGCCCGGGCCCUGGGGCUAGCCACCUCUACCGUUGCCUCAAUCCGUGUCAACAGGGACAAGAUCCGGGCCAAUUCUCAGGCAGCUACACCUGUCAGUGCCACGCAGCUGACCCGCUGCCGGGGUGUGGUGAUGGGCCAUAUGGAACGCUUACUGAGUCUAUGGAUUGAGGAGCAAAGGCAGCAGAACCUGCCCAUCAGCACACUGCUCAUCCAGGACAAGGCACGGCGGCUCUUUGUGCAGCUGCAGCAUGAGCAGGGCAGUGGCACUCAGGCUGAGACCUUUGGGGCCAGUAACGGCUGGUUCGCCCGGUUCAAGGCUCGCAACAAUGUGCUUUUGACAGACGAGCCAGCCGUGGCUGACACCCAGGCUGCUGCCCACUAUCCCCCAAUGCUGCGCACCAUUCUGGAGGAGGGCUCUUACUCCCCACGCCAGGUUUUCAACGUGGAUGAGACAGGCCUAUUCUGGAAGCGGCUGCCAGAGCGCAUGUUGCUGGCACUGGAGGGGGCAGCUGGGCCUGGCUUCAAGGCCUCUAAGGACCACCUGACCCUGCUGCUUGGUGGCAACGCAGCUGGUGACUUCAAACUGAAGCCUCUGCUAGUGUACCCCUCGGAGAAUCCACGUGCCCUCAAAGGCUGCUCCAAGGCCAGCCUCCCUGUAGUCUGGCGCUCCAACCGCAAUGACUGGCUGACACCCAGCAUCUUCCAGGAGUGGUUUACUGGCUGCUUCUGUCCCGCCGUGGAGAGCUACUGUGCCAGCCAUGGCCUCCCACACCGCGCCCUGUUGCUCCUGGAUGGCGCACCCUGCCACCCCGCUCACCUGGGUGGCCUCUCAGCCCACGUGAGAGUUGAGUUCCUGCCCAAGAACACAUCGGCCCUGAUCCAGCCCAUGAACCAGGGUGUCAUUGCCACAUUCAAGGCCUGUUAUCUGCGCCGCACGCUCAGCCAGCUGGUCCAGGAGACGACUGGUGAAGACCGGCCCUCUGUGCGGGAGUUCUGGCGCAGCUAUACUGUCGUAACUGCUGUGGACAACAUAGCCGAAGCCUGGGCAGAGCUGCAGCCUGCCACCAUGAACAGUGCCUGGCGGAAGCUCUGGCCUGAGUGUGUCCCUGCUGGCACUCCCGAGCCUGACACUGUGCCUCAGCUCCGCCGCAGCAUUGUGGCACUAGCUAGGCAUGUGGGCCUUGGAGAUGCAGCUGAGGCUGAUGUGGCCAGCCUGCUGCAGGCCCACGGGGAGCCCCCACCCCACAGCACCCUGCAGGAUGCAAAGGAUGGGAACAUGAGUGGUUCUGGGCUGUCCUGGGAGGCAGGGAGUGGCCCGGUCUCUAGAAAACAAGAGCCAAAUUUCACAGAGGCCGUGGUGGGUCCAGGGACUGAGGAAGCUGGUGUGGGUGCUCUGAGCCCUGAGCAUCUCGCCCAGGCCCUGUCUCACUUUGCUGCUGGUUUACAGGUCCUCGUAGAGAAUGAUCCAAACCGGGAGCGCAGCCUUCGGGUCUCCCGGGGUGUCCACUGUGCUCUUGCCUGCCUCCGGGAGCUGCACCGGGAAAGGAGGCGACAGGCUCGGGCAGCUGCAUCCUCAGAAGGCCCUGCAGUGCUGGCAGCAAGGGAGUUGGCAGGAAGCCUGCCAUUGCUCCAAGUGGGGCCCAUAGAGGGUGGGCAAGUGGCUAAGGGCACAGGUCCUGAAGGUCAGACCUCUGGCGGUCCUGUAUGAUUUAGGGCUUGAGCUUGACCUCACAUGAGUUCUAUCUAAUGAUGUUUUGUUUCUGGAGUUCAGAUACUGCUACUUCUCCCCCAUGGUUCUCGUAUCUCAUACAGUCUUUGUAUGGUGACCCAGAACUCCAGGCUUGGGGAACAGAAGGGUGGUGUUUUAUGAUUAGCAGAUGAGAUGCAGGAUCCAGAAGUGCCCUACACGUGACAGAGAUACACCCUGUAGUAUGGUAGUUGCCCUGCAUAGCCUUCCAGGGUGGCUUUCCUUAUGGUGAGGGGCCGGAAGUGAGACUAGCCUCCCCCAUUUUCCAAACCUGACCUCUCACUCCCUGUACCAUUGUUACCCUUCCUAGCCAACUUAGAUGAGGGUUUCCUGCUCGGGGAAUGUACUUUCUCACUUUUCAUGCCAUCCUCACCUCUUCUGGCUUCCAUGGCAUCAGUUGUCUCAGUGGCAGAGCACUUUGGUUCACUGUGACUUUUGAUACCAGGAAUCACUUCCUUGGUCUGGAAAUGUUUUCUUCCCUGAAUGUCUGUGGCAUGGUGUCUUGGUUUCCCUCCAACCUCCGAGGCUGAGCUUUUUGUGAUUCUGAUAGUCUCCCGGUUCUGGUGCUCUUUGGAAAAUACCAUCCACUCCUAAGAGCUCAUUGUUCACCUCAGAGUUAGCUCCCAGUGCAUUGGUUAUAGCCCAGCCUCGGAGGUUAGACCCAAAGCUCUAAUUCUGAUGAACACCUCCUGACUGUGUUAUCAUCCCGUAUUCCGGUUUGUUUUCCUGUCCCCCAAACUGUAACAGCAGGCAUCAUGGGGUGUCCACCUGACUGCCGAAACACCACUUAGGCCACCAAACCACAGACAGUCAGCAAUCGAAGGUGUUUUUGUGCUCUAGCUGGAUGAGCCACAGGUGGUGGGACAGGGAUGUCUGGGCUCCUGGACUCCUUUCAACACAGGUGCCUGCAUAUGUCUGCACAUGUGUGCACACGCACAUGGGUGCGCGUGCUGAGAAAUAAAGAUGGGAGAAAGGA